AACGCGGCGCGUUUUGCAUGUUUUAUUUUGAUUUUUGCUUGUGAAAUUAUAAAAUGAAUUUAAUUAUAUAAGAACAAGGCGCUUAUGAGUGUAAUGGACCCCAUCGAUACUAGCAAAAGAAAACCUCGACGUACUCAAGGUACUCCAGCCUUUACAUAUCGCAAUCGUUUUGCCUAUGCUGUGCUUGCUGCUGGAACUGUUCUUUUCGGCCUUUGGAGUUUAACACCCAUUCAACGUUACGCCAAUGAAAAGCUAUGUAAGACGUUGUUAACAACCUCAGAAGAGGAGUUGGAUCGUCGGGAAUUGUUUAAUUUUGCUGCCCCAAGAACUGGGAAAUUUAUACGCGAGGCUCUAGAGGAGAGCGAGAAGCAGAGGACGGAACGCUAAUAUAAUGGAUAGGAAUACGCGAAGGGCCAACUUCAGGAAACUCCAGGAGGCGGCCAACAAUAACAACAAUGAGCCCAAUGUGGGGUAAUUUUAAUUUCUUUUAUUGUAUUGUUACUGUUAAUUGUUAAUAAAGGAAUUAAAAUUGCA